AUGUCUAGCCUUGAUGAGGAAUCGCUGAAGGUGAACACCCCAUUCAAGACAACCCAGAAGAGUACAAACCACUCACACAAUUUUGCCCAAAGAAUCGACGGCGUCAAAAAGGCGCAGCAAUCCCUAUUUGACGUCCAUGAAAUACCCAAAGCCAUUGUCCACGUGCUCGAAGCCCAAGUAACAAGAUUGGAACUGACAAAUUCUGAGCUGAAGACCUAUCACGAGCUGAGAGCUCAGCGAGCUAAACUGGAAGAUGAGGUCAUCGACCUUAAAGACAAGCUCUACAGAGUCCGUCUUCGCAAUCUCCUCGAAUACGAGAAAGGAGACAUGGAGGACCCUGAUUUUGAGCCGCAGCUUGACUGGCUCAACAAGCAGACCUGUAGCGCAGAUUGUCUUCUGGAUGCUGGUAUGAUGCUGCAUUGGGGCGGACUCCAGGGGGAGUUUUGUGAACAUGUUAGGGACUCAUUCUUGAAGAUCUAUGGCAUGAUGCCCCAGCAGAUCUACGACUUUGCCGGCCAUGGACCCCUCAGUGACCCGCUCUUCAAGUGA